UUCAACUAGUACACUGGAACGAACCGCUUACCGUUUCGUACAUUCCGUUCUCAGCAUUAUCAUGGUCAAGCAUACAGUAUUUGGUGUGGAACGGGACUUGGAUAUUCCCCACCAAGUCUUUCCGAACGAACAAGAACUCACCGACAUGGAAGCGGAACUGCCGGGUUGUCAGCACGGAUGGUUCGAGUCGGUGCACGAAAGCGCACAGCUUCACUACCGCAAAUUCUUACCCGAAAACAACAAACCACCCAAAGCGGUGGUUGUGUUCAUGCACGGUAUUGCCACGCACAGUGGCAAAGGAUUCACCCUGAACGGACGGAAACUAUGCAUGGCCUUGCUGUCGGACGCUUGCAACGCCCAAGACUGGGCGGUGUACGCUUACGACUUGUACGGACACGGUUUCUCCGAAGGCAAACGCUUUUUUAUUCCUAAUUCGUGGGAAACCAACCGACAAGAUUUGGUCAAUUUUUGUAAUCUAGCGGCCGAAGACUACCCCGACGUCCCGCUUUUCAUCGUCGGAGAAUCGUACGGAUGUACCCUGACCAUUCUCGCCGCCAAACAAUUUCAGGAACACCCCGAGACGGGUCCCAAGAAUUUUAAUUCGAUUGUUCUCACAGCACCCGCCAUUAUCGGUGAUCUUCCGCCUUAUCCCGUGUACUUUACGCUACGCUACAUUAUGGCCCCGCUCUUUCCUUCGUGGCGUCCCUUUUUCAUGCCCAACCCUGUUUCGGCCGAUCGCAUUUGGAGAGAUCCCGAAGUUUUGGCCAAGUGCUCCACCCCCCGCCAACGGUCCAUGCAAAUUGACGGUUCCGGGUUGCCCUUCCGCCUCGGUACCGCCGUGAAUCUCGUAACGGCUUUGGAAGCGGUCCGUACCAAGGCCAUUCCCGGAUUCCGACUCCCCUACUGCAUUAUUCACGGGACAGAAGAUUACGGCGUGCCCAUUGCUGGCUCCGAGUACAUGUGGAAAACCGCUGUAACGCCCGCGACGUGCCGCGUCUUUCGACGUCAGCCCGGCGCCUACCACGAUCUAUUGAGUGACCCCACCGCCGAACAUACCAUGCAAACGAUACUGGAUUUUAUCCGAGCCCAACUGUCCAAAACAUAGUUUUGUAUGCACCCCGUUUCACACGUAUAGGUAAAGAGACUGCGCUUUGUUGCAUAGGGAAUGAUGACCUUUUGUUGCUCUCUGGCUCGGCCCUAUGUAUUGGCCAGUAGACCCAUCACCUCUGCUAUGUGAGACGAAUCUCCGCAUCUAUACUACUGCUACCAUUGUACACGUUGCGCCUAAAUCUGUGUUGGGAUUAAAAUUAAUUUAGUUUAAACGAUGAUAUGCCGCCUUACAAGACAACGAGUCUAGACGUUGAGCACUUUGCUACACGGCAAUUUAAGGUUGGCUGGUCGAACUGGAGGUGACCACAGAGAAAGUUCCUGCCGUGGUGGCGUAAGCAGACGACCCUGCUCCGGUGGUGCUGACAUCAGACCCUCCAUCGCCUAUGGUGCUCACAUUGCCUGCGGAACCAGCGUUGUUGUCACCGAAACCAAUGGCUGUCCCAUUAUUCAUGCUGUUGGCCGUUGAGUCAAAACUACCGUUGUCAAUAGCGAGAUCGACCGACCCUUGGGAACCUUUAUCGACGCCGCCAACAACAAUUUUUUCCGUAGUCACCGCGUUGUCGAAAUCAACACUUCCAGAAAAAUUGCUGCUACCUUCAUUUAACGCGCCGGCCAAAGAGUCGGCGAAGACCUCACCAUUAAGACUUCCACCGAGAACCCCGACCUCGUCAAUUCCAUCAAAGUCGAAAUCAAUGUAGCUGGACGAGUUGGCGGUGGCCUCAACCGUACCGUUUGCCAUCAAUGUUUCAAUCGAAUCAGGAGGGGUGGGCAAAGAUACUUCCAAACCUGAAGCCAUAUCUGAUACUGUUUUGGUAGAAGCGUCGGCUUUCGAGGCCUUCCCAGAAGCCCUGUUAUUCAUCAUUCGAUUGCGAUUACGAUUGCGAGUUCCUCGGGACAUCAAUUUGCGUAAGCUUGGUUCUUCCUGGUCAACAAGUGGAGCUCGCAAGUUCGCUGCAUGGCUAAUGGUAGCAGCGCAAGCGAUGAGGACACAAGCGAGCAUCACUUCCGCGGAUCUGUUCGCACUUGUUUGAUCAUGAUGAAAUGUUUGACAGUGAGAGUUUGGGUUGUGCUGGUU